GGUGAUGCCAAAGAUCAAGCCGGGGACGAGCGGCCGCCGCCGCGAUCGACUUAAACAGAGCCGGGAGCUGAAGAGCGCCGGAGGACUCAUGUUCAACACGGGGAUUGGGCAACAUAUUUUGAAAAAUCCUCUCAUUGUUAACAGUAUUAUCGAUAAGGCUGCCUUAAGACCAACUGAUGUGGUGCUGGAAGUUGGACCUGGAACUGGCAAUAUGACUGUAAAGUUGCUAGAAAAGGCAAAAAAGGUAAUUGCCUGUGAACUUGACCCAAGACUAGUAGCUGAACUUCACAAAAGAGUUCAGGGCACGCCUCUGGCCAGCAAACUUCAAGUACUGGUGGGUGAUGUGUUGAAAACAGAUUUGCCAUUCUUUGAUGCCUGUGUGGCAAAUUUGCCAUAUCAGAUCUCUUCCCCCUUUGUCUUCAAGCUGUUGCUGCACCGACCUUUUUUCAGAUGUGCUGUACUUAUGUUUCAAAGAGAAUUUGCUCUCCGACUAGUUGCAAAGCCUGGAGAUAAAUUAUACUGCAGACUAUCUAUCAAUACACAGCUGUUAGCACGUGUGGACCAUCUGAUGAAAGUUGGAAAGAACAAUUUCAGGCCACCACCAAAGGUGGAAUCCAGUGUCGUAAGAAUAGAACCCAAGAAUCCACCACCACCUAUCAAUUUUCAGGAAUGGGAUGGCCUAGUAAGGAUCACCUUUGUUAGGAAGAACAAGACACUGUCUGCGGCAUUUAAGUCAAGUGCAGUGCAACAGCUUUUGGAAAAAAACUACAGAAUUCACUGUUCGGUCCAUAAUAUUGUAAGCAAAAAAAGUUUCUGUGGUCUCUUCGGUUUCGAUUUGCUGUGUUUCAAAAUGCCCCUCUACUUCUUACUCCUUUUCAUCGCUAGCUUACUAAUUUUGCACAUUCCAUGCGAUCCUUAAAAGUGAUAUUAAA